CACAGCGCGCACACGACGAUGACGGUUCACAUGCUUCGGGUCACUACCGUGCGCCAAAGAGGGAGAUUAGAAACAGAAAAGGAGAUUACAGAGAGAUCAGAGAUAAGAGGUGUACCUCUCUGUGUUCCUUGUCACACAGCGCGCGCGCACAUACACACGCAUCUGUACACACAUGCAUGCUCAGACAGCUGUACACGCACGCAUUCCUUGCUACUGCCUUCUAAAUAUAUGCACCGACACUCUAUGCCCUGCUACGUGGCCGGUGUGUUUGUCCUGAUUCUACAUAAAGGCAGGCAGGUAUGUGCGAGAGAGACUCCAGGCAGGAACAAACAGUCAGGCACAAUUUAACUGCAGCCAAACUUAAAGAGACAUUGAACCUGCCGAAUUGUUUCACUAAGCCAGGUGCCCCCCCCAGAAAUCGGCUAUUCUGCAACCAGUUGUGGAAUCCUGCAAUUAUUCAUAAAAUGUGCUGAAAAUUUAUUUUAGGAAACAUAAUCUUGCUAUAUAUGGCAAGGAAAGGGCGAACCUGAAGGAUGAGUAUGUUUCCGAUUUUUAAUGUUAUACGUGUAGCCAUCUGACCACUUUUUAUUGGGUGACAGAUCAUAUGAGCACUUCGGUGUAGGUUUGGAAAAACUACAGCCAGAGGUAAGGCUGGAAAUGCCGUAAGAGUUAAGGGUGCUGAAAAUGGAUGCUGGAUAGUCCAGCAUGAAAGAUGGCAUACAGCUUUAGGUUUGAAAUGAGGGGGAAUACAUGUGAAUAUUUACACAUGAAAGCCAUUGGGGAGGGCUGAAUCUUGGCUUGAGUAUCUGUGCAGGAGCGAGAGCAAGAAAAAGAGGAGGAGGAGGAGGUGGAGGAGGAGAAGGAGGAGGAGGAGAGGUGGUGGAGGAGGACGAGGAGGAGGAGGAGGAGGAGGAGGAGGAGGAAAGAAUGGAGGCGCCGCGGAGCCCUGAUUAUGCACGGGCUGGAGCUGCCUCCUCUAACCUGUUCUUCUCCGAGCCGGGCAGCCGGCGGUCCUCAGCCGCCUACAGAACAGGAGCCGAAACAACCGUUCUCGAAGGCUACAGCGUUUAUUUUUCUCUUUUGGGGGGUUUUGGCGGUUGUUUCAGGGGCUCACCAACUGGCCCCUUUAAUUAAAAGCUUCAAUAAAAGGCGAUCGCGCCAGGAAUGCUCCCGCUCCUCUCCGCGCAGGAUUUGCAUAUUUUUUUAAUGCCCUAAUUUCCUUGAUGUAUGUAAAUGUAGCCGGACGUAGAGGGAGACAGGGAGCUGACGUCAAUGGACGUGACCUCGCAGCUAAACCUUGAACGUGAAGCCGGGAUGGGGGAAAACACGGAGCGGCAGCCGGCGGAGCCCGAGAGCGCGGGCGGCUGCGGCGGCAGUAGCCGAGCCCAGGCCGGAGAUGCCAAGGGGGCCAGUGCCCGUCCCCGGGGGAGGACAAGCCGCCGCCUUCUUUCUGCAACACGCGGCUCAGACUCGCCAGCCUUCCGGCCGCACUUGCAGACUCUUGCCCUGCGCUUCCAGCCCCACCAAACACACGUUCUUUUGCUUCCCUCAGAAAAGCAACACUCCCCCAAACAACAAACCAAAACCAACAGAAAAAAACAAAUGUUUUAGACCAAUGCUCGGGUAGCUUAUCAGAAAGAAGACUCUGACCAUGGAACAUACAUAUUUUUUGGCUUCUCUCCACAAGAAGAGGAGGGGGAGACCACAGACAACAGCAAAUCACUCCUAAAACACGAUAACUACAAGUGUUCCCUGUAGGGAGAGGUAAAUCGCCCAGCCGACUGGUGAAGGCUUUUCGUUUCGGUACUUAUUUACCUGUGCACUCAUUAUGCGCGUCCGCUUCAUUAACAGCAGGGUCAUGAGCACGCUUUCUAAUGUGAUGGGAGUGCUGGUGUGUGUGUGUGUGUGUGUGUGUAGGUCCUUGCGCGAGUGAGCACCGAGGCAGGCACUCCGAGCAGAGAGAGAUCAGUCUUUCCAUGGCUACCUCUGGGACUAUCUGCAGAGCCACGUAGGCCAGAGGUCCUAGGUUGGGAUUCGAGUUCACCCCUUUAAAAAGAGAGGCCAGCAAAGGCUUCCCCUGGACAGCCAGGUUCUUCCCAUUGCAUUGUUUGGGGAAGGGGUCUUGAGGUGUGAGCCAUUCCGUAGCCGUUGCCUUGCCGGAUAUGGCCUGGUGUUUUGCACUUGGAACUAAGCGGCCUCGGCGCAGAAGUAGUGCCUCCCAGAGACGCAGCCGAGGCCUUCUCGUUCCCCUCCUUCCGCCCGCGGCAGCCCUGCGCGCCGGCGUGUGCGUGACCGCGCACCGGGCUGCUGGCACCUCCCUGUGCACAUCCGCCCCUCCUCUGCUCGCCACCUUCUCCUGGGCAGCUAAGAAAUGGUCCUCGGCCUCUUCUGGGCCGGAGGGCAGAGCUGCGAGCAGGCAAGAAAGGGGCGCCGUGAUGGGGACUUCUCCGCUCUGCCCUCGGCCACUGCGGCUGCGGUUUCAGCGUUCCACCUCGCAGCCCCAGCUUUGUUUUCCUGACAUGCUCUUGGCCAUUGGGCUCCACGCCUGCGAGGGGAGUGUGUGCGUGUGCGCGGGGGGCGGGCGCGCGCGGCGGGUGGGGGCUCUCCCGCCAAGGACACGCAUGGCUGUCUGUCCUCCGGCUGCACUUGGCGGGAAAGCUAGGGGCCGCCGGCGGGGCUGCGCGCCAGCGGCUCUCAUUACCGCCUCCCUACUCCCCCCGGGCCACAUUUACAUACGGGCCACUCUUCUGAAUUUUUACGGCUCUCUUCCCCCUCCCGUACCCGGUCGCACGCGCGCAGGCUCGGAACAACCGCGCCGGGCGCUCAAGACACCCGCGCCCAGGCUGCGGCCAGUCCCGGGCGCGCAAACAGACCCGGAGGGGUAGACGGCACUCGGUGGGACGGAUUCCUGCACCGCCUCCCCCGCACCCACGCGCCCACACCCCUGACAGCCUCCCCGCUUGUGUGGCAGGAAGCCCACCUUCCCCUCGAAGCCCCCACCCGUCUCUUUCUGCACACUUCCACCCCCACCCUCCGACAUCUCUCCGUCUCUCCCUGGAAGACAGACAGACUCACGCGCGCGCUCUCGCGCUAGCUCUCGCGCUCGCGCGUACACACACACACACACACACACACACACACACGCUUUUUCUUCCUCCUCAAAUAGAUAGCCCCUAUGGCACGUCCCUGGUACCUUUAGAAUAACUCUAGAGUUUAGAGAAUAAAAAUCUUUAGAAUGCAUUGCUUGUCUUUAGACAAACACGUUUAACAACCACAACACAAACGGGGAGGAGUGAGGAAGGGGAGACUUGAACCAAAAGACCUUUCUUUUUUUAAAAAAAGUCUGCGAGUCAAAAGGUCAUUCUCCAAGUUUGUAAAUAAAAUUGCAAAGGGAGUCCUUAAGAAAGGAGAGGAAAGAAGGGGGAGAAGGUUAGGAAGACCCGCAAGUUACAUAAAACGGUGCAUUGGAAAAACGACAGGGCGAUUCUUUAAAAAAAAUCUUAGGAAAUCAAGAGGGGGAAAAAACUGGAAGAAAAAAGAAAAAGAGAAGAAAAGGUUAAAAAAAAAAAGCAAAAGAAGUUUCCAAAGAAAUGUGUGCUUUGCAUCCUACAAUAGGAAAAUGUAGCCAUUGCCUUCCUUCAGACGAGAGACAUUUCUAAUUUGUUCCGUCUGUCAGGAGGGGACUAUGAGAGGUUUGGGUGCAAAUUCAUUAUCUCUGGCAACGCAGAACGUAGUGUGGGGACUGAAAAAGACCGUGGCAAUGGAUGAACAAUAGGGCUUCAGUUCAUCAGUAACAAAAGCAGUGGGGAAAUUGGUUGAGUUUCAGAGCACGUCCUCCUCGGCAGAGGGGGUUGGACUAGACCUUGGACAGCCCCCCCCAAAAACUUGCCAAGCCUCGCACACACCACUUCACUCUCCACUCCGAGGCUCAGGGAGCAAGUGCCUGGCGUGGGGGGGAAAAGUUGGCUUUUUUUUCCUCCUUGGUCUUUUGCGCCCUUCUCUCUCUCCCCAGAAGGGAAGAACCAUUUAAACUAUUUUAGACGCAAUCAACCAAGAAUCACCAUGUGGAAUUGAGCGGCAGUUUUAAAUGUACUGAGGAGAGGAAUGAUGAGAAAAACAUUUUUUUUUUUUUUUUUUU